UUGAGAAUGAGCAAAAACCUUGAUUGAUAUAAGCCGUAUAGUACAAGCUAAUGAACAACACUGAUAGGUCAAACAACAAUAAAAUUAAAAUGGAAUGACUUUAAUCUCUAUGUAGCAAAAGCUAAGGCUUUCGAUCCAAUCUCCACAUCAUCCUUCUUCUCCAAAACUCAAGCUCUACAAAUCAUAAGCUACCCAUUUGAUCAAAUUCCCAACACAAAUCAAACCCACAUAGAGACUCGUGUACAAGACUCCAUCUCCAUUCAAACUCUCACUGCAUUUGGAGUAUAAACAUGGCAUCCUCAUCGCAAGAGCCAAGACGAGAAACAUCAACAUCAACCAGAGGUCACGGUUCUCAUGUCCUCUUCCAUACCAAGCUGAGAUAGACAGAGCAUCGGUUCCAUAGAUGCCUUCACCAUCUUCAUCCUCCACCACCCCGCGCUCCACUUGCUGAAUUUCGCGGUCAGUACUAUGAAGACAGUACCGCGAAUCAGAAGCCACACCGCCUGGAACAGCACCGCUGCUUGAUUGCUGAAGCUUUGGUGUUUGCGUGAGAGAGAAGCAAUGAACAAGUAGUUGGUUGAAUCUGAGAAGAAACCGAAGAAAACAGAGGUUGACAAGAGAGAAGCAAUAAAAUACAUAAGAUAUGGGAUCUGAGUUGAGAAGGCCCAAGUGAAACCCAUUAACUAAUGGGUGGAUAUAAAGUCAUAAAUCUAACUGCAUGGAAAAAUAAAAGCAUCCUCUCGUGAGAAAUAUUGCGAAGGAGGAGAAUAUGAGCACCGAUGAGAAUAUAUCGGCGGAGGAUCGUUAUCGUGGUCAGAGGGAUUACUGGCGUCAAGUUGCGGAAUCCGAUGGUUUCGAUUUGGAGGAUAUUUCAGUACCAUCAUAUAUGUAUGGAAAUAUCACUGGACUGAUACCCGUCGACUGUCAAAGUUAUUAUUCUUAUCGUGUAAUGGUCCAGCGUUAUGCUAAGUUGGGGCUUCAUCGUUACAAUAUGUUGGAGGGGACGAGAUUUGAGCUCGAUUCCCUAAUAAAAUUCAACUUCUCACCGAGCCAUUUGGCCUCUUACUACAUGACCUUUCUUGCACACGAUCAAGAUCCAGCUGGUAGCACACUGCAGAAAACUUUUCAGGUUCGGGUUGAUGAAAAAGAAUUUCGCUGUUUGGAUUUGGGGUGCUCCAUUGCUAGACUAAAACAUGAAGUGACCACCAGGAAGCCCUUCGUACCGCACUUUCAUGGUGGCGCAGUGGGGGAUGGUAUCUUCAAAGGUGAAUUGCCUGAUUGGCCGUCCGAUGAUGAUUUCCAUGAUGGAAAACGAUUUUACAUGGUGAAGGAAUCAGAGUGGCAAGCCACUGCUUGGAUUUCUAUGUAUUUGGAACUAGUGAUUUGUGCAAAUGAUAGGUCGAUCAUACGUCUGCCGCAGCAGCAGUCAGAUGAGAUUCUGUCCAAGUUGAAGAUUGUGAAAGUCGCAAUAGAAACUGGUAUUGAAGACGUGGAGCCGUCGAACGAGAACGAGAGACUCAACGCAAAGAGUGUAAAUGUCUACAUAACAUAUAAGGGCUUGACAGAGCUUCAAGUCUUUAAACAUGUUUUCGAGAUUGGUGAGCAUGUUGAACGCAAAGCCAUAGUUAGAAGAGUCAUCGAUGAGCAUACAGGAAACUUGACUCUCUUGGGUAAGCUUUGUGGUGGUCAAUAUGCCAAACCGAAGUGGCCUCCUGGUGUCGAGAGUCCUGUCAAGAGUCCUCCGGGUGUCGAGAGUCCUGUCGAGAGUCCUCCGGGUGUCGAGAGUCCUGUGGAGAGUCCUCCGGGUGUCGAGAGUUGUAAAAAGCGACCUCGUAUAGGCUAGGCGUUAAUUUAUGAGCAUCAAAUCUAGAGAUUUCCUAUUCUACUGUUUUAGUAUGGAUACGAUAAGUUAAUUUAUGAGCAUCAUAUCUAGAAAUUUCCUUUUCAUUUACC